UUAAAUUAAUUUAUUAUUUAGUGCUAAUAUAAUCAAUACAGAAAUAAUUGUAUAAAUAUUGAGCAUUGGCUAGGUAGAUAGAUACAUCUUUCAUUAGUAGUCAGAAUCAACAGAGUAAGGGAACUUAUCAAUUUUACAAGUAAUCUCUUAAUUUCUUGGCGUUAACGUCAUGUAAACACACCCAUUCCCCUUUGGUGUUUUCUGUUGCAGCAUGAAAUAGAUAAAUGGGAGAAUUCGGUGGCAACAAGUCAGAAGGUAAACCUUUCGUUCACUUUGCUCUUUCAUCGAUAAACACACCUUCUUUCCUUUCCUUUAAGUUCAGCAUUCUUACUUCUUUUGUUCUUGCAAAGGACCUUGCAACAGAAUCACUGCUACUCGCUUCUCUACAUCCAUCAUCUACGUCAGUUUCAACAAUGGCUUGUUGUUACUCAACCUGAAAAAAAAGCUCACACAACCUUUACUUGGACGCAUCUCACGUCUUGCAUUAGCAGAUCACUGGUCUACAAAUCUAGCAAUAACAAUUUCACAAGCUGAAAAUCUUCUAACCUUUUUUUAGAGAUUACCAUUAUGUUGGAUGCUUCUCAAAAUCACUAUUUCUCUUUACCUCCAUGAGAGUCACCUCGCAAAUCUAGACCAUCGAUGAGAAGGGAAUUUACCCAACACCUCCCCAUUCCCCAUUUUUUUUUCUUAGGAAAACUAGUAUAGUUUAUUGUGUAAGAUAAAAAAUUCUUAGCUAUCAUGGAAAAACCUCGGACACUCCAGACAGAACUUUGAGAUCUACUAGGCAAAAUGCAUGUCCAAAGUGUCAAAUUCUAUAUGAUUUGGAGUUCUCAGCUUGAACUAAACCCGGCUGAUACGAAUGAAAAAAGUUAUGUACGCAGCAUCAAGAAAAGUCAUGAAAUGCACCUUAAGUACUUACCUUUAUACCUAACUUCUAAAGUAUCAGAUUUUCAUGGACCAUGGAAGAAAUCAAACAACUUAAAAAGGAGGUACAUGAGAGACAACUCAAGCGAACCUGCAAGUCUUCGGUUUAGUCAACCAGAGCAGCCUCAUGCUAAAACGGUUGAUGCACAGUAUUUCAGCUGGACUGUGAGAAUCUAAUCUCAAUUAAGUGGAACGGUUUGCCACUGCAUAAACAAAGGAAAGGCAGAUAAAUUAUGUUAA